AUGGAUCCAUAUCACUGGCAUCGUACCUCCAGAAAAUUAGUUGACAUCGAAUGGCUAAAGGAAUCGGUUCAACAAAUUAACUCUGGAAUGAAGCUAAAGGAUAUUUGCAAAAAGGCCCGUUUAAAUAAUGGUACCUUUCGUGAAAUAUCCAAAACCAUGUUCAAAAAGCUUGUCAGAGAAAAUAAUUUGGAAUUAAUUCCAAAAAGAGGAAGAAAACAAAUAGAAAUUAAUCUUGAUGCCUGCCAAGCUUAUGCAAAUUUGAAAGAUUUAAUGCCCGAUGCAGGCAUCAAUAAAAUUAUUCAGAAAAUGAAAACAGACCUUGUCAAUAUUGAGAAGAAUCCAGAAGAAUUUCAAAAAAUUCAAUCAGAAAUUCAAAAAAAUGGAGAAAUAAAUUAUGAGUCUGGAAACUGGCUCGAUGAAGUUGACCGCACAACUUUAGUUCCAGUUGUGACUCCAAUAGAAGGUACGCCUAUUGAAAUAAAUCCAUUACGCGAAUCUCUUCAAACGGCAACAUACAUUACAAAAAAUUUCGAUUCUCCCUCAUAUAGAAUGGGCAGGAAAAUACACGAAGCGAUUAUCGCAGAUACUCCCCCUCAAAAUCAAGAAAAUCAGCAAAAAUACAUUCCUCGAAAUUAUCUAGCAUCCAAAUGUCAUCAAAUUUGGCAUGCUGAUAUCCACUAUUGGAGGAAACGAAUAGGCAAAUAUUUGUUUGCGAUAAUAGACGACAGAUCGCGAAAAAUCAUAGAUUUUAAUUUAUUUACCGAAAAAACAGCUCAAAAUACAACUGCAGUUCUUAA